UGUGCAAUGGGCAUUAUUUACGCAGUUCGUACUUGGGAGACAUGUAGAUUGGAUGGAAAUUUCCAUCUCUUAUAGCUAGUUAUCGAUCAUACAAGGUCCCAUUCUUAUACGCUACUGUUUUGAAUAUUUGGACCCUGUGAAACUCUGUAACCGUCUUUGUUGUAGUUACAGCUUAAACUGCACUGUCAAUAAUAUUACGCUUGUUUAGGCUUUGUUAUUCUUUAGAGCGCUCCCCCUUGUGUCGGUGGCUAUUUUUGGAGUCUCCUAGCUCGUUAGCUAGCUGUAAACUUAGCAAGCAUUUUUUUUGACUGUGUUGUGAUGGAGUUCCACGGUGGCGGGUCCGGCGGUGUUAUAGUCAGCGGCAGUAACGUACCAGCUUUUCUCACCAAACUAUGGACUUUAGUUGAAGAUCCGGACGCCGAUUCACUCAUCUGCUGGAGCCCUAAUGGAAAUAGUUUCCACGUGUUCGAUCAGGGCCGCUUCUCCAAAGAGGUUUUGCCGAAGUUCUUCAAACACAACAACAUGGCCAGCUUUGUCCGCCAGCUCAACAUGUACGGCUUCCGGAAGGUGGUGCACAUCGAGCACGGCGGCCUGCUGAAGCCGGAGAGGGACGACACAGAGUUCCAGCACCCAGACUUCCUCCGGGGACAGGAGCACCUGCUGGAGAACAUCAAACGCAAAGUCACAAACGUGUCCAGUCUGAAGCAGGAGGACCUGAAGAUCAGCACGGACGACGUGUCCAAGAUCCUGACUGACGUGCAGCACAUGAGGGGCAAGCAGGAAAACAUUGACUCCAAGAUCAUCGCCAUGAAACAUGAGAACGAGGCUCUCUGGAGGGAAGUGGCCAGUCUAAGGCAGAAACACACCCACCAGCAGAAAGUCGUUAACAAGCUGAUCCAGUUCCUGGUGACCUUGGUUCAGUCCAACAGAGUGCUGGGGAUGAAGAGGAAGAUACCGCUGAUGCUGAACGACAGCAGCUCCGCCCACUCCUUACCCAAGUUCAGCCGACAGUACUCUCUGGAGCCCCUGCAGGCCUCCCCAGUCAUCUCUGCGCCUGGCAGUGCUUUCAGCGCUGUGAACCUGUUCCAGACAGAAGCUCCUCUAAAGUCUGGACCCAUCAUCUCUGACAUCACUGACCAGGCCACACCCAGCCCUGUGGAGGACAACAGCGAUUGGCUGGAGGACAGUUCCAGCAGCCCACGGGUGCUUGUCAAGGAGGAGCCAUCCAGUCCCGGGGGGGAGGAGCCAUGUUCUGCCCAGGCGGGGCUUCCAGCAGACACACCCCUUUCUCCCACUACCCUCAUCAACUCCAUCCUGCAGGAGAGCGAGCCCGGCCCCGCCCCUAACUCCGCCCUCACAGAUCAGACGUGUCUCAGUGUCGCCUGUAUUGACAAUUCUGCCCAGGUGUCAGAUGUUUCCCUCCUCAUCCCCAGCCCCUCCUCCACCUCGUCUCCACAGCUCAGGCAUCAUCUGGGGCUCGAGCUAAACGACCACCUGGACAGCAUCGACAACGGCUUGGAGAGCCUCCAGACCAUCCUCAAUGCCCAGAACAUCAACUUUGAAUCCUCCCCUUUAUUUGAAUUUUUCAGCUCACCCAUGCCCAACAGUGACUUUGACCUGGACACAAGCCUGGACAGUAUUCGGGACCUGCUGUCACCUGAGCCUCCCAGGGUGGGGGAGCCUAGCGAGGACUCAGGUAAGCAGCUGGUGCAGUACACAGCCUCGCCGCUGGUGCUGCCGGAGCCAGGCGACCCCGAGCCCGAGAGCAGCGUGGGGGACCUGCCCUCCCUGCUGCAGCUGGAGGGAGACUCCUACUACAUCCCUGACGACCCCACCUUCUCCCUGCUCUCUUCCGACUUCCAGACGCCCUCACCCCCCCAGCCUGGACUCUCCUAGACGCUCCUCUGCAUCCUGUCGCCCAGAGACUCUCGCUGCGCUGCUUUUAUAUAGGGAUGUCUCUGUUUUAUACAGCCAUGUCCAACUGGGGAAAUGUCCUCAAGUUCUUGAGCAGAAUUGCAGUCAGUUGGUUGAAAUCCCUACAGUCUAUCCACAAUGCUCCUGGCCUGAUGCAGUCUUUACCCACAAUGCCACCGGCCUGAUGCAGUCUUUACCCACAAUACCCCAGGCCGUGUCCAGUUCCAGGCGUGGUUCACAGAGCUCCAUGAUAGGAUAGACUACAGAUUUAGACUCCAGAAUUUACCAGAUUUUGUUUCUCCUCGUUGAUCCUUGUGAUUUCGUUUCUCUACUUUCUGUCCAAUUCCUCCUCUCCUAGUGUCUGUCCUGCUUGUUUGGAUUAUUGGGUUAUUUUUAAAAAGUAGUUAUUUUACAACAUUCUAUAUUCUUUGUGCUGCAUGUUAGAUACACUGUGGGUUUGGCAUUUGUUCAUGUUUGCAUAUCCAUGUCUCUCUCUGGGAUCCACUGGGUCUCUAUGGGAUCCACUGGGUUUCUCUGGGAUCCACUGGGUCUCUAUGGGAUCCACUGGGUUUCUCUGGGAUCCACUGGGUCUCUCUGUAUGUCGGUGCUCACAGGUAUUCAUGGACACACUGUUCUGCUUGACCAUCAAAAUAUUUAUUUUGUAAUAAUAUAAAUAGCCUCCACUUAUGCAGAGUAUUGAUUUGUGAGGAAUAUAAAUUUCUUCCACCUAUUGUCAGUAGAAGGAUCAUAGUCGUGUAGACGGGCCUUCUGUCACCUUGAACAUUUCAACAGUUCCAGAGGUUGGUCUCCACCCUCUGCUCCUUCUGUUUGGUCUGUCUCAAUCACCCGCCCUAGUCCACUUCCCUACUCCACAUCCUUAGUGCCUAGCCCUAGUCCACUUCCCUACUCCACAUCCUUAGUCCAUAUCUCUAGCCCUAGUAAAUGUCUGUAGUCCUGGUCACUUGUCCAUAUCCCUAGUCCAUAACUGUUCACAACCCUAGUCCUUGUCCAUAACCCUAGUCCCUCAGUGGGAUGGAGUAUAGUCCCAGUGUGUGUAGUGGAGUCUAAUUACAGUUGCAGACAGGGAUGUGGUGGGUCUGUGUGUACCAAAAUGGACAGUUGAGUACUUUGACCAUAACCAAUGACUGGCAUAACCUGAGAUUUGCUAACUGCGCAUGAGAACAAUAUUUUGUGAAGGGUAUGUUUCAAAUAAACAUGACUGUUUUGAAAUAAAACCA